AUGAUGAUGAUGCUGAACGUUACUGAUUUCCCAGCAGUGGUAUUUCAGCUUCCAAACACAGCGUACGUUAACUGGCGCACGCAGAAGCUGGUGCUGUACCUGUCUGCCCGUCUGCAGGCUGGGGCAUUCCCCCUGGACCGCAGCCGCAAGAGAAAGCCCACGUUCCUGCGAGAGGAGAAGGAGCACGUCCAUGGUGAGGACAACUUUUGGGUCUUCUCACUCCUGCAGGGGUCGAAGCUGGAAGUGCCCUUGUGGCUUGCUAAAGGCCUACAUGACAGCAAAAGGAGAAUCAUUUCUGUGGAGCUGCCGAAGAUUUACAAGGAAGCCUGGAGGACAGUGUUCAGUGCCGAUGCCAAUGUGGUCGAUCUGCAUAAAAUAGGGCCAUACUACUAUGGAUUUGGCUCCCAGCUCCUCAAUUUUGACAACCCAGAGAAUCCUGAGAUAGCCCAGACCAUCCUGCAGACAUUUAUAAGCCGUUUUCGUCGGAUCAUGGACUCCUCUCAGAAUGCUUACAACGAAGACACAUCAGUGCUGAUGGCUCGGCUGGAUGAGUUGGAGCGAGCCUUAUUUCGGGCUGGCCAGAAAGGGCUGAAUGACUUCCAGUCCUGGGAAAAGGGACAGGCUUCCCAAAUCACAGCUUCCAGUCUGGUCCAAAAUUAUGGGAAAAGAAAGUUCGCAGACAUUGAUGGUUAAAAGCCUGAGGAGUGUGCAGCUGCAGCGGGGGACACCGGGAGGUUUACAGUCCGUCUGUCAAAGAAGAGAAGUAUGAAUCAGCUUUGGAGAAGGACAAGGCUCCCCAUCCAUUAAUGGGAAUUCUUCUCUGUAACAUCUUCGGAUUAGAUCAGUGCUAAUGUUAAAUGCAGGCGCCAAGAGUGUAAAGAACCAGCUCGCAUCGCAUCCUUAGAUGGCUUUACAGCUUAAGUCAGUGCUCCCGAGGGUUUGUGGUUAAAAGUGCUUGCUGGGUGGCUGAAAGGGUAUGAGAGGAAUUUCUAAAGAGGUAAUCAAUAUUUAUUAUUCUUUAUUUUCUAAAUUAAUAUUUAAAAUACCAGAUCUGUUUGGAAAAAAGUGCAGUUCUUUGUAUUUCAUCUUACUCUCCCCAUUCCAGCCUCCUGGGAACAGCUGGGAACAGCUGUUCCCAGGUUCCCUGUUCUUCGGAGAGCCCCAAUGGUGUGGGAAAAAAAACAUACAAACCACACUGAAUUUUUCCUGUUUCUUGUACACUGAGGUGGAACAGGUACAAUAUGCGAUGCAGGAAUGUUUUCCUUGCUGACUUUUGCACGCAGUGUUUGUGCCCCACCUCCUCUAACCCAGGUAGCAAGCGAAGUGGCUGUGCAGAUCCCACAUGCUGCCUCGUCCUCUCCUUUUUGGCCCUUGCGUGCUCAGUGCUGCACAGUGCAGAGAAUGUUCUCAUUUGAUAUGAGGGGCUUUUGCGAUGGGUACGUCUCUGUGACAGGUGUUAAGCUCCUCUGCUUGUUUUACGGAGGAGGCAAUGGAAGGCAACUAAGAGUCUGGACCGGAUCAGAAGCAGCAACUUCAAUGGAAACUCUCCCCUGCUGUCAACCUCUGAGCCACCUGUUUUUCCAUGAGAAAUUCUUCUGAUUACUAAAUUUGGUUGGUGGAAGGGACAGAGCAGACCAACUGAGUUUCUUUCCUUCUGACCCAUCUAAAUGAUCCUAGUGAAACGAUCCUGGUAAAUGCUCUUCUUGCCGGUGGGAGUGGCUGGAGUUUGAACUUGCUGAGCGGAACAGUGGUCAUCAUCCCACGUGCAUGCCCUUAUGCCUGGCUCAUCUGAGGGCCUGCUGGGUUGGACAGAAGGCAGUUGGUUCUCUCUGCAGAGCUUAACUCCUGCAGCCAUCAGGAUGGUUGUCCUUUGGAAGCAGGUAUUGGACAUCUUAUGGGUGCUUCUAAGCACCUGCAGAAGGUGGGCCUUCCAGAGUACCCAAGUGGGGGACCCAGACCAUAGUGACACUGAGCGCUUCCUCGGCUAUGGGAAUCACUGGGAGGUGACAGCAGGAUCCAAAUCUUGAAGGAGUUGUUACUGGACGUGCAGAUGCACCUGGAUAUUGCAUACUUCAAACUGGGAACCUCGAGUACAACGGGUGCGUGGCCAUUCCUUGGCCAGGGGAGUGAAAGCUGUGCCUCUGGCGGUGGUGAGAGGGGACAACGUGGUGGCUUCACAGCACCUUGGUGUCUCCCCUGCAUGGGGCCAGCUGUCCUGCUGCAGGAGACUAAUGGGAAGCUGUGCCAGACGAAGUAUUUCCAGUACACACAAGAUCAAACACUGCUGCACUUAAUGACUUAAUGGCACAUAAUAGC